AUGGCAGAGGCUCAGGGGCCGCUUGAGCCAGCAGCGCUGGCACCGGAUGCCGAGGAAGUGCCGGAGCAAGGCGGGGACGAGAACGGAGCAGUGAUGGGCCAGGAGGCUGCGGUGGCGGCGGCGGCGGCGGCGACGGAGAAGCCCCCUGCCGCUGCCUCUGAGGUAACGUCCGAAGAGAAAGCCCGCGAAGAGAAAGGUGGGAGCCACGACGAGAUGACAGAAAGCAGUAGCCCCGAAAGCCAAGGAGGCGGAGAGGCGCCCCCGAAUACUGAGGGGAAGGAGGAAGAGGGCGGCGAGGAGAGGGCGGCGGGAGGACCUGGAGAGCGGGACGCGACGGGGCCAGCAGAGGGGCAGCGCGCGGAGGGCACAGCCAGCGCGGGCAGCCCGGCAGAAAACGAGCAGAGCGCGGGCAGCCCGGCAGAGAAAGAAGAGCGCGCGGGCAGCCCAGAGAGCGAGGCUGAGAGCGAGCACGCUGCUGAGGCGUCAGUCCCUGGAGAGGCUCCAGGCCCUGGGGAGCCCCUUCAGCAAAACGGAGAGCUGGAGGCAGCAGCGGGGCAGUGCGCGGAGGACACGUCCACCGCGACCAGCUCAGAGGAUAGGACUGAGAGAGCGGACAGCCCCGAGGAUAAGAUUGAGAGCGAGGACACGGCCGAAGCUCCAGUCCCCAGGGAGCCCCCACAGCAAGAGGGGCAGCCUGAGGCAACAGAGGGUCAGAGCGCGGAGGGCACGGUCAGCGCGGAAAGCCCAGAGGGAAAGGCUGAGAGCGAGGACGCGGCCGAGGCUCCCGUCCCACAGCAAGAAGGAGAGCCGGGCGAGAGCCGGAGGGCAAGUCAAGAGGAGCCCGUCGUCGGAGAAGACAGUCCUGGAGGAGAGGAGUCCGUGACUGGAGAGGGCGCAGCUGAGCGAGAGGGCGAAGUCCGAGGGGAUGCCGAGAGCGCUGGGGACGAGAAAGAAGAAGGGACGGUUGAAGAAGAGGAGGAGGAAAGUGCUGCGCAAGGAGGAGACGCGAGCGAGGAAACCCAAGCUGAAGAGGACGCCAGCACCGCCGCAGAGGAAAGCGACGCUCGGGGAAAGCUGGAGGAGGCGGAGGAGACCCCAGCUUCGGGAGCCAAGGAGCCUCCGAGAGAGGAGGAGGCGGAGGAGACCCCAGCUUCGGGAGCCAAGGAGCCUCCGAGAGAGGAGGAGGAGGAGGAGGAGGAGCACAGCACCCACGGACAGGACGAUGCUGCUGAAGGACCUGCCGAAGGGGCUGAGGACGCAGAUGAUGCUCUGGGGGUGAAUGGCUUGCAGGGAAGGGAAGGGGAGGAGGCGGCGGAAGAAGAAGAGGAGGCAGCAGCGGCAGAGGAGCAGAUUACACUCGCUGCGCCAGGGGAAGAUAAGCAAGAGCAUGACAUUUCCCUCUUCGUAAAGGCUGGUAGCAAUGGGGAAUGUAUUGGAAACUGUCCAUUUUCUCAGCGCCUCUUCAUGAUUCUUUGGCUAAAGGGCGUCAUUUUUAAUGUGACCACUGUGGAUUUGAAACGGAAGCCUGCAGACUUACAGAAGUUAGCUCCAGGAACAAAUCCUCCAUUUAUGACUUUUGAUGGUGAUGUGAAGAUAGAUGUGAAUAAAAUUGAGGAGUUCCUAGAAGAAAAAUUAGCACCACCAAGAUAUCCUAAACUCGCACCAAUUCAUCUAGAAUCUUACUCUGCAGGAAAUGAUGUGUUUGCUAAAUUUUCUGCAUUCAUAAAAAACACAAGGAAAGAUGCCAAUGAAAAUUUGGAAAAAACAUUGCUUAAGGCUUUAAGGAAACUGAAUAGCUACUUAAAUACCCCCUUGCCUGAAGAAAUUGAUGCCUAUAGUACUGAAGAACUCACUGUUUCCUCAAGGAAAUUCUUAGAUGGUGAUGAACUCACGUUAGCAGAUUGCAAUCUCUUGCCAAAACUCCAUAUCAUAAAGGUUGUGGCAAAGAAAUAUAGGAAUUUUGAAUUUCCAUCUGAAAUGACUGGAAUCUGGAGGUAUUUGAACAAUGCAUGUGCUAGAGAUGAGUUCACAAAUACUUGUCCUGCAGAUCGGGAAAUAGAGUUCGCCUAUUUGGAUGUUGCAAAAAGAAUGAAAUAAGUCAAGAAUCUUUUAUUUCUAUAUUUCUUCAGUGAGUUUGAUAACAAAAAGAAAAGGAAAAAGCCAAGAACAAAUGAAGAGUCCACUCAGCAGCAAGGUUUUAUGUCCUGAAACUGAUCAAUCCCUGACAUAAUUAUUUUAUUGAUCAAAUCAUU